GAGUUGCACAUCAGCGUGCCAAAUGAGAUUCCAAGUUUACGCAUUGACAUUUUGUCAUGUUUGCACGUGAGUGUUUUUGGGUCACACUAUUUAGCUGUCACUCAGCAACUUGAACUUGAUACUUUUUUACUAACUAACGAUGAACGCUUUGCAUGCACAAUAGCCGAUGUUAUAAACUUAGCGUUAGCCUGCCAUAGAAUGAUGUGUUUUGUAACACUCUUGACCGGAGCUGCUGCGUUCGUUUGUAGGCCAGGGGGUGUGUGUAGUAGUCGCGUGUCGUUGCUAUCGGUGAACGUAUGGGUUGUCGGGGUAUAGCUGCGCCUUCUCUGCGCUCAGCCAAUGUUUGGUGGCUACGCAGUUUAUUUACUUGUACAGAGGAACUAAAAGGCAUAUUCGGAAAUGGGCAGUCCUCGUGAAGCAACGGUCUAAAUGUUCUGCCCGACUCGAUCAAACACAAGGGAAACGUGGAAUACCUACUGAAGUGGCAAGGUUGGCCUCAAAACAGGUACAGCACGUGGGAACCAGAGGACCACAUACUGGACCCGCGGCUGGUUCUGGAAUACGAGGAAAGGGAGGAGAAGGACAGAGCCUUGGCCUACAGGAGAAAGGGCCUCCGACCACGACGGCUAGUCCUCAGGAACUUGUACCCCAUGGACCUUCGCAGCGCCACCAAAGUGCCCGAGAAGCCUCCGCCCCCCCGCCUCUGCCUCUCCCUCACGCGCGCCAUGGGAGCGGAGCUGGACCAGGGGGUCCGGGCGUGCAGGGCGGGCGUCCUACGUCGCCUGGAGAAGCGAAGGAGCAAGCAGGGGUCAGUCAGACCCCUGUUACGGGCCGCCCGACCCCCUCCUCCUCCUCCUCCUACAGAAAAGCCCCCGCCGCACCACACACAGGACCACACACAGGACCCGCACCACACACACACACACACACACACACAGGACCCUAUGAAGGAGGAGAAGGAGGAGAAGGAGGAAGAUGACUGUGGAGGGGGAAAGGGGGACCACGUGAUGGAACAGCCAGACAGGAGAGAGAUCGUACUGCAGGACGACGACAACAAAACAGAACAGGACGACAACAAAACAGACCAGGACAAGGACAUUCCCAGCGCCCCACAGUAUUCAGACGGUUACUGUUCCUCGACAGAGCAGGACAUGGCUCUUAUGAGCGAGAUGGCGGCGGAGGAGGACAGCGGCUCGUGUCGCUGGCCGAGGGAAGAGUCUGUUGUUGAAUGCGAAACCCCGCCCGUGGCAGGAGGGACAGGCCUAAUGAAGAAUGACACAGGCAGGAGGACUCAGGGUGAUCAUCCUCCUCUGAACACAACCCCCAACGGGUUAGGAGGGAGUGACUCUCCUUCGGAGGAAACGCCGGACGUGGUGCCAAUGACUGAUGACGAAUCACAGAGCAGUAGUACCACGGCGUGUGAAGCAGACGCCACACACAUUUCACUAGACACGGUGCACAGCUGCCACAGAGAACCAACAGAUAGCUCUACCGACACUUGUAUCAAGGCCGAGGCAGAGUACAAAUUGGUUGUAGUGUCCAAACAGGAUGUUGCUUUCGCUGAGAAGGGGUCAGAGGGUAGCACGACCUCUGGCAAAGUGAUAGUGACCGAUGUGACCAUUAAUUCCUUAACAGUGACUUUCAAAGAGGCACUGAAAGCUGAGGGUUUCUUUAAGGGCUGUGGGAUGGAGUGAACAGGGGGCGCGGGGGGGUCAAAUGAAGGACAAGAUAUAAAAAAGGCACCAAAAGAGACAGAAGCGGUAGAAGCUGAAGAAAGGUGUUGACGACACUCAUGAAUGUCACUGCAUAAUUAUUCUGACUUGUACAAAAGCUAGUGAUUUUGUUCCGUGUUUUUGCAAGGUAGGACUACCUCUCUCCCACAGUAUUGCUUCCAGUGAAAAACCACAACACAAAAACAGCUUCCACUCAUCCGGCUCAUUUAAUUGAUGUUGCCCCAUUUACCCCGGUUAACAGAACCAGCUCGCAAAUGCACUGCAUCAUUAACGUCCGUCAGACACCAUACAGGAAGCUUCGUUUGUGUGUGACUAUCAGCUGUAAGUAUGUUUACGAAGGACGCAACGCACAAUCAUGUGUCGGCUCCUUGGCCUUUUGGCGCUGUAAAAGGUUACUACCUGCGUUCUAUUUUUGUUUUGUGGCCGCCGCACAUCGCCGUUGUAAAGCCUGUGCAUUUUUAACGAGGAGGGUCGUGUCGUUUUACACUACACUGCUAGCGCAGAUGCUGUAGUUAGGACUAGGAUGUGUUUCUGUUGUAUUUAUCGCAUGUCCAAGAAACACUGAACAACUCGUAUGGCUCAUAACGCCGAGUCAUAUGGUUACAGAAAAAAAAGAAAACAUUAUUGGGAGUGAAAGACAGUGUGGUGUACUUGAAUGUUUUGCUUGCUGGUUUUGGUGUAGUUUAUAAUAACAAAUACAUUUUUACUACAAAUAAAACAAAAACAAAC